AUGAAUGGCAGUGAGACGAGUGAAAGUCCCGGACUCAGGUCUAUUGCCAACAGCUCCACCGAUAACACUCCACGCUACCCAGAAAACACGCAGGUCGGCAUGACGGGGUUGGAUCCAGUGGAUCUGGAGUUUCUUAUAAAGAAGGGCGCAUUUAUGUUGCCGCACCGGGAUGCCUUUGCUACUCUCUACGUGCCGACUGAGCUCCUCACCUCGUGUGGAUACUCAAACGUCACAGAGGCGCAGACGGCAUUCUUCAACAAGGCAUUGCUACUACACGACUUUCAAUGCGAGAAGAGUCAACUAUGCCUGCUUCAGGGAUCCCUCAUCCUAGGCACAACUGCCUUCUUCUACCCCAUCGACCGAGAUGUUCAGUACUGGUUCUUCAAUGCCGUCCGGCUUGCCACGAAAUUGGAACUCCAGAAGCUUAUGCCUCUGGUCAGCGACAAGAAGAAGCUGCCAGCGUUGCCAACGGCGGAAGAUUGGGAAGUUCAGAGUGACAACAUAAACACCCUGUUCCCUUCCACGGUAACUCGUGAACAAGAGCUUCACUUCAUUGAUUACUGCAAAUUGUCUGUGCUAGGAAGGAAAUGGCUGGUUGGAAUAUCCGACCCAGAUCAGGUCAACGCUGAAACCAUGGCUCACGAAUUUCAUAAUUGGAGAAGUCAGCUUCGAGGGGCAAUCUACGCAGACCACCACCUCACCGAUGGCCCCUACAUCACGGCCCUAAUCGCAGCCAGUUACAGGUUCGAGUGUAUCUUGUACAGGACUCUCAAGCUUCAUUGGAAGUCUAUUGAUGUUUCCCGGUACGACUGGGUACGAGUUCGACUUCGAUGCUCUAUGUUUGAGCUUGACACGCUGUUCGGCAGAGCGCUUGCAAAUGGCGAACUUAGGAGCCUGCCCAUGUCGUUGUGCGUCUCCCCAACAGAGAGUCCCAAAAUUGAGAAUGAACGACUAACAAUUGAGCCUGGAAGCAAUUCCAAUAUACCAAUAGCACUGGCCCUCCACAUAGAGACCGCCUUGGAUGCCACCGAGUCGAGCGCAACCAAGUCCAUGUCGCUCAUCUACAUUCGUCAAGGAUUGAUCAUUCUCGAACAGCUUCAGGACUCACCAGUCAUGAAGAGGGUAUUGUCCAUCUUUGAGUGGGCAUUAACUCGAUUGGAUCUAAUCCCCGAGGUUUCUCAGGACAAGCAAGUCAGUGACGGUGUUCGUGCUGGCAGUGACCAGGACGGGUCUGUGGACCAGGUGGGAGCCUCGACGGGUCAGGAAUUUGGAGAAAUGCUCGAUCAGAUGGAGCCGUGGUUUGGUGAUUUCCUCGGACUUGACUUCCUCGAUGACUUGAGGUCGGGCGGCGAUAGAGGAUAG